AUGCUGCGCACUCUGGGGCGGCAGCGGCGUGGCUGGCGACUGGCCGCAGAGCGCCGCAGCGUCUUCGCUAUGAGGGGGGCUAGCAGCGCUGCUGGCCAAAAGCCUUCGGUGGUGGAAAUCGGAGGAGUGAAAGCCAAUGUUGGCAUCCCAAAGUCGAUCGAGUUGGUGCCUCGCGGGUAUAUGGUGGAGCUGCAUCAAGGUCGACCUAUGUCGCAGCUUCUGAACAAGGAGGUCGAGUACAUCGCCAUUUCCCAGGAUACCACGGAGUCUGACCUGAAGCAGGCGGAGCGAAAUGUUUUACCUACGCUUAACAACCUACUGGAGAACCGCGAGAUGAUGCUAGACGACGGAAGAUUUCUUAUGAAAGCAGAAAGCUACGACGCGUUGGUGGAACAAGGGUACUCAGCAGACGCUUUGAAAGCGCAGAACUUGGUACGGGUUCACCCGGACUUUCGAGUGAUUGCGUUGGGUCUACCUGUUCCCCCGUAUCCAGGCCGAACGCUCGAUCCACCGCUACGCUCCCGGUUCCAGGCGAGAAAUGUCAAGCCAAGCUCACCAGGGUCACAGCUUGAGGAAUUGGUUGCUAUUACUCCAUCCGUCCCUUUACCGACGCUUGAAAAGCUCGUGGGUAUUCGAGAGGCCGUCAACACGAUCGAGGCAACUUACGAUAUCGGUACCAGCACUGGGCCACGUAUGCCCCACUUUGACUACCUUUCGCUUGCUCACUGUGCAAAGGUGCUGGAGAAGUUCCCAAACGCAGGCGUAGCUAACACCGUGCAGCGCGCUUUUCCCGUGAGAACCAACGUGUUGGGAGCUAAAACUGAGUCUAACUCGAAGGCACUGGAUCGUAUUGUGGAGAAUUUUACAGAUGGAGUGAGAAGCAGCAACUAUAUGCUGAACGAUGUUACGAAGGCCUCCGCUGCAGACGUGAAGGCAACAGUGACAUUCCGUACGCCUGGUGACAAUGCCGAGCUGGUUUUACGUGAUGUUUCGUGUGGAACAACGCGUAUACAAACGACUGCGAUGCCAGGGUUUGUUGAGACUGACACUCACUCAAAAAUGCUGGCGGAGAUGAUUCAAGAUCAUGCCGUGGGGAGCGACUUAUGCGUGCUUGGAGCGAAAGGCAGCGGAAAGUCCGCGCUAGUUCGACUGUUCGCCUAUCGAAUGGGGUAUGCAACCGAGCUAUUCAGUCUUUUCAAGGAUAUGACAGCGCGAGAUCUGCUUCAACGGCGGUCGACGGACUCCCACGGCAACACCCGAUGGGAGGAUAGCCCACUCAUCCAUGCUGCUCGAAACGGUCACCUCGCCGUCCUGGACGGAGUCCACCGACUCGGGAGUGACAGCCUUGGCGUGCUUCAAAGAUUGGUUCAGGACCGAGAGAUUGAUCUUGCGGAUGGCUCGAAGCUGGUAUCGCAGGCGACGUACGAUGCUGUCGUAGCUGAUGCAAACAAAACCGGAGAUGCCAGUGCGCUGAGCCGAGUAUCUGCUAUUCACCCGUCUUUCCGCAUCAUUGCGAUCGCCGAAGCGGACCCCGUGACGUUAACAGGAACGGCAGCAACACCAGGCAAGGAGUCCACGGCUGCAUGGCUGAGCUCGGACAGCAUCUCCAUGUUUAGCUUUCACCACCUUCCGAUAAUUUCUUCAGUGCAGAGUGAAGAAAUUGUCCGAAGUCUUUACCCCGGGCUUCCAGAGGAAACGACAAGCAUCCUGCUAUCAUUUUCGGAGAAGCUGCGGAAUGCGAAGGAGACAAGUGCAAAUGCAGACUAUCUCGCUCUUUCGCUGUCCACCCGCCAGCUAUUGCGCGUGUGCCGUCGACUGGACGCGUUCCCCGAACAAUCACUUCGGGAUCUGCGGCCAUUGCUCCACGACACUCUACUCACCCAGUUCCUAUCCUCAUCGUGCAGCCGACUUGUGGAUACUCUGUUGGACAAGUGCAACGCACCAGCCACACUUUCGCCAUCCGACACUUUAAACCAGCGCGAACCAGAUACUAUCCGAGAAGAGAGAGGGCGCCUGUGCAUUGGUGAUACCUCCUACCCGAUUCAAACGCCCAAUAGCCCCGAAUUGGUUCCUCAGCCCCAUUAUUUCGACAUCCCGAAACAUACCCAGUGCAUGAAGGCCAUGCUGCAGGACGUUGUGGCCGGUCAAAAGCACAUGCUGCUGAUCGGAAAUCAAGGAGUGGGCAAGAACAAGCUGGCCGAUCGGUUGCUGCAGCUACUGCAGCAGGAGCGCGAGUACAUCCAGCUACACCGCGAUACAACCGUGCAAACGCUUACGCUGGUACCGACACUUCUCGAUGGGAAGAUCGAAUGGGAAGACUCGCCUCUAGUCCGAGCUGCCAAAACUGGACGAACUCUUAUCGUUGAUGAAGCUGAUAAAGCGCCGCUAGAGGUGGUGUGCGUUCUAAAGGGACUCAUCGAAGAUGGCGAGAUGCUGCUGGGAAAUGGCAAGCGGUUGAUUGACCCAACAAAGGUGACGAUCGAAGAGUGGCACAACGAAGAGAACAUCAUUGAGCUCCACCCCAACUUCCGCAUGUGGGUCCUCGCCAACCGUCCAGGCUUUCCAUUCUUGGGGAACAACUUCUUCAGGGAGAUUGGUGACAUCUUCGCCAGCCACGCAAUCGACAACCCAGAUGAGGAGUCCGAACUGUCUUUGCUGACUGCGUACGCUCCGAGCGUUCCAGUCGACAUCUUGCGCCGGCUUUGCCGAGCCUUUGCUGAGCUACGAGAGCUGGUUGAAAACGGUACCAUCCCGUACCCAUACUCGACACGCGAGGCCGUUGCUGUGGCGAAACACCUUGAACAGUUUCCCAACGAUGGAAUCGCCUCGGUUUUGGAAAAUGUGCUCGCGUUUGACGCUUACGAUCGUAACAUGCGCACUCAGCUGUCGGAGAUCUUUUUGAGGCACGGAAUCCCUCUGUCGGCCACUGGCGAAACUCUGGUGCUUAAGAUGAACAUUGCAGAAACGCGAGGUCUUCCCGACUUGGUUCCAACCGAGAUGUGGCGCUGGGCACCUGAACAAUUGGUAAAAUUCAGCGCGGAUCCCAAAAAACCACAGCAACAACUCCACCACUCGACGCUAAAUCGGAGACAGAUAUGGCUGGACCCCUCGACAACCAGAUCUUUCGCGUUGCAGCACCAUCGUUUGAACGAGUUUACAGAGCAAUUGUCCUCGUUCCAGGUGCCUCUGAAGGGGAACCGAAAGCAACAAGCUCACGCGAUGACUGUUUUUCCGGAUAACUCGGUCCAUGUGCUUACAAAGCGGCCAAUGAGUGUGCAUUCUUUCUCCGACUUCGAUGGGAAUGAAAGAAUGCACAGCAUUUUGGAGCUGGAGAGCGAGUAUAUGCAGUGGGAACCAAACCCCGUGCUUGUCAACUUACCUGAGAAAAACGAAAUCGCAGUUUUCAUCCCAUCUACAGGCCUCACUAUUUUCCUGGAUCCGUUGGGUAACUCUGACGGACGUGCCGAUUGCCUCACCCUCCCUGAUGGCGCGCUUGAUGGCCGACUCCAUGUUGAUGCUUCGAUGCUGCAAGGAAAGAAAAGGUCGAGACAGAAUCCGUUCACGAAGUGGUUUGGUGGUGGAGAUAGCGGUGGGUGGCGGACUGAGGCCGAUCGAGUUAAUGCCGGGUUGGUGCUGCGGCACCUGCAAGGAGGCUCGUUGCUCCAAGUUCUCGACCUCAACUCGAACAACUUUUUCUCGCUGGACCUGGCCAAACUCAGCGCCUCUAUGCGUUCACCAGUUGCUGAGCUUCUCGGUGUCCAACCAAUUGGUAAACGGGAGUGGCUACUACGGACGACGGACGAAACAGUGGUGUACAAGCUGACUCAAGAGAUGCAGAACAACAACUUUACUCUGAGUGCAGCAGCAGUUGACUGCAAAACUGAAACAAGCUCAGCAUCGAUUGACUCCCGACAUUCAGUGCUUCCCGGUCGCCUGCAAGAUCAAGGUGAAGUGGGCCCCACCACCUUCAUGGUUCACCCCCAUGCAUUCUUACAAGUUCUCGACAACGCCAAUGGCGAUCUCACUAUUCGGAGUUCGCUGCGGGAGGAUACACACAGAGAAGUUCAACGAGCGUGGCAGAGUGAUUCAUUCAUUCUCAAUGCAGUGCAGUCUGACACCGGCGAUCUCGUCGACAUGGAAGUCACAUAUCCUGAAUCUCAGUCGACGAAGAACGUUGUGGUUGGUUCCGCCCCACCUGCGAGCGACGCAACUGGUAGCAGAUUUCUCUCGCUGUCGACUGAGAGAUCGUACAUUCCACGCGUCGUUGACGUAGCGAGUGUGCAUAAUGGGAAGCACACGCUUACGCUACAAGAAGACGGCGCCAUCCGCGCAUGGCAACUAGACCAAGCUGAGCUGGACCGUGAGGCAGAGUUGUGGAAGCAAAUGUACGGCAGCGUGGAUGAGUUCACAGUCACAGUUGGGCUUGAGCUCAAACUCGACGGCUCUCGAGUUGGCGGACCAUCGACGCCCAAGACGGGUCUGGACACUCCAAAGUACGGCAAGGACGACCCGAACAACGACCCUCACGUGGGAGGAAAUACCUGGGCAGGUGGAACUGGAGGAUCCGACACAGCAGGGCUGGGUGGCCGUGGCGGGCCAUACCGCCUAGACAAGGGCCACCCUGUGCACCAAGUCUCUCAAGAGAAGAAGGACGAGGUGUCAGCUGAAGCUCGGAAGAAAGCUCAGGCCAUGGCUCAAGAGGCUCUUGCCGACAAACUGCGGGAGAUCGACAUGAGCGAUCGUGAGUGGGAGACCUACCAAUCCUACUUCAAGCGCGUGGAGCGAGAGAGUGCCCAACUGCGUGCAGUGCUCGCCAACCUCGAGUCUGUUGCUCAGGAGCGCAACUGGCUGCGCCACCAAUCCAGCGGUGAGCUGGAUGACGGCAAACUCGUCGAUGGGGUCGCUGGCGAGCGCCUCGUAUUCAAACGCCGAGGAGUGAGCGACUCGCCUUUUCAAGCACCAGCGGGCCACCAACAGGGUCAAGAGCCUAAGCGGAUGUUGUUCGUGAUGGACGUAAGCGGCAGCAUGUACCGAUUCAACGGCCAGGACUCUCGGCUCGAACGUAUGCUCGAGACGUCUCUCAUGAUCAUGGAGAGCUUUGCCGGCUUCGAGCGCGAGUUGGUCUACUGCAUCAUGGGGCACAGCGGCGACUCGCCCGAAAUUCCGUUCGUGGAGUUCGGAGCGCCGCCCAAGGACCGCAAGGAGAGACUACGAGUGCUGCAGAAGAUGGUGGCUCACACCCAGUACUGCCAGAGCGGAGAUCAUACAGUUGAGGCGGUGGAGCGAGGCGUCAAGCGCGUUGCGGCGCUUGAAGGAGACGACCGCUUCGUGUUCGUGGUGAGCGAUGCCAACCUGGAACGCUACGGCAUCGAGCCCCGAUAUCUCGGCCGGAAGCUCGUUUCGGAGCCUGGAGUCCAAGCGCACGCUCUUUUCAUCGCGUCUUUUGCCGACGAGGCCGAGCGAAUUCGACGCGAACUCCCUGCAGGCCGAGGUCACGUUUGCCUCGACACGUCCGACCUACCGAGAAUGUUCAAGCAGAUCUUUACAGCUGCUUUCGGAGGAGCCUAG